AUGCAAACGCUUCAUCCAUACGCGCCGACUUUGUCACCGCCAACAACGGCUCCACGCCCUCUGCUCGAUAACGAAUGCAAUGACAUGAUGGAUUCACCUACCACCACAACGAGUAGUACGAGUAUGCCAUCAUCUGCAGCCACGAGACUUUCCGGUGGAAUUCAAUCAGGAGACCGUGAAUGUGUUUUAUUCCCCACCUAUGCCAUGCGAAACCCACAAGACUCAUCAGAAUGGCUCAUUCGUACCAAGGGCUGGGCAUUAUCACACAACAUUUCACCUGCCAAACAACGUAUUGCAAUGGGUGUCACGAAAAGCUUUGUGGGUUCAGCUGAUCGACCCUCAACAGCCUUAUUUGAGCAGCGGUUCAAGUACUUUUUGGCCAAAAACAAAGGCAACAAACAAUUCGUCAUAAACGCUGUCGGCACAACAAGUGUUUUUGAUUCUCGUCGACCUGCUGUUACGACCACCAACAAUGCUACUACUUUUAACAGCUCAUCUACUGCACUUACUGAAACCACUGAAACUACUGCCGUUGCCGAUUGGAAUGAUGAAGAUGAUGAUGAUGAGCAAGUAGCAGUGGCUGCAUCCAAGAUUGAGCCAUUCUUUGUUAGCGGCACAUCACGUCGCAGCUCAGCUGGUUCCAAUGACUCUGGUUUCCAAUCAGCUUCAGAUGAAACAACAAUCGCUAGCAAACAAGAUUACCACCACUAUGAGCAUCAUUUUCCAGACAUUGAUCCCUUCUUGGCAUCACGUCCUGGUAAUCCACUAUCAACAAUUUUGGAUGGUGGCCGUUCCAAAUCUUUUUCACCUUAUGCCGACAACAAUAACAACAUUGCAUCAGAGUACCAAUCACACACUAUUUCCUCCCCACAAAACACCGACCUUGAUCUACUUGACAACUAUUUACACAAUCAGCUGACUACUACCUCGAUUGAAUCCGCCUCCGAUUGUGACAACACGUCUUCGUCCUCAUGCACAUCCUUGCCCAUGACCACAUACAGCGUCCAGUUGCAUAGCGAUAGCAAUGGCAUUGUUGAUGGUCAUUUUAUCAUUCCUCAUUCUCAAGUCUUAUCAUGGGCCAAUGAACAACAUCAUUGUGAUGCACGCAUUUUGCACUUGCAAUCGCUUGCAAACACAUUCCUACCAUCCUAUGGCACCGUUUCCCUUGUCGAGCCAUCGGGUAUCUCGAUCAUCUCUGACAUUGAUGAUACCAUCAAAGAUACGCAGAUCCUUGCAGGUGCUAAAACGGUAUUAGCCAACACGUUCUUUAAGCAUUGCAGAGAUGUCCCUGGUAUGGCUGAAGCCUAUAUGCGAUGGUAUACCCAAGGUGCUUCAUUCCAUUACGUAUCCAAUAGCCCCUUUCAGCUUAUGCCAAUGCUACAAAACUUUUUACAAUCUUGUGAAUUCCCAUCGGGUAGCAUGCAUUUGCGCGAGGAAGGAAGUUUAUUGGCAAGGCUUGUUGAAGUUCCUGGCAAGGCCAAACGUGAUGCGAUUAGUCAAAUCAUCCGAGAUUUUCCACAACGCAAGUUUGUUCUCAUUGGGGAUUCGGGUGAGAUUGAUUUGGAAAUCUAUGCACGUCUUGCUUCGGAAUUCCCUGGUCGUAUCCUCAAAAUCAUGAUCCGUGAUGUCUCAACAACACCCUCUUCUUCCCCCACUCCCGAAGAUGGAGCAAAAAAGCAAAAUGGCAAUGGCCUUCUUCGUCGCAACAGCACAACAUUGGCAUCGUUAUUUUCCCGAAAACAGCAAACAUCAGCAUCUUCAAAUGAACCACGUUUAGCCAAAGUGGUCAAUUCCAUCACGCCCCUCCAAGCACGACUUCUCAAAGCAAAAAGGCAAUGCCCUGAUGUCGAUAUUGUUCUGUUUCAAGAUGCACAAACGCUCAAGGAUGAUACCGAUAUUCGUGAUGCUCUUUGGCAAUCAUGGGAUGAUCAGGCAUCUGCAUCAUCUGCAUCAUCCUCUUCAUACUCAUCAUCAUCAUCAUCAUCAUGA